AUGGUUCCCGAAGCUCUCAUGCCGGCGGUGAUUGAGAUGUGGGUUGAGUAUGCCGUGGGAAUUCUGGUUCUGUUUCUUCGCAUCUUCACGAGAUACUCUCGAGUCGUCGGCUUGAAAUGGCAAGGGGACGAUUACUUGGCCGUUGCGGCAGUCAUCUUGUUCACAUUCGAGGUGAUGAUGUGCCAGAUCAUCGUUGAGAAAGGAAGCAUCACAGGAAUGACGGACGAAGUUGCCCUGACGCUGACGCCGGAGGAAUACAAGAGUCACGAGGUGGGAGCAAAGUGGCUGUUUGCCGCGUGGUACAUCUACGUCAGCAUGAUUUGGAGUCUGAAGGGCAUCAUGCUCUUCUUCUUCGCGAGAGUCACCAAAACUCUCCCCGAGGAGCGUCUUGUCAAAGUGGUGUCCGUCGUGACAGUGGCUGGUUAUUUGGCAACCCUCGGCGUCGUCACCGGCCAUUGCCGUCCGAUGCACAAGCUGUGGCAGGUGUACCCAUACCCAGGAGACGACUGCUCGCAAAAUACUUCAAAGUACUAUGCUUUGGUCUCGACGAAUGUUGCGACCGACAUCAUGAUCAUGUACAUUCCCAUCCCGUUGCUGUGGAGGCUCCAAACCACGUUGAAGAAAAAACUGGCAUUCGGCCUCAUGUUCUGCGCUGGCUUCUUCAUCAUCAUCUGCACCCUACUUCGAUGCAUCAUUUGCUUGCAAACCCCCGAGCGACUCGACUUGGGGCUCAACUGGUCUAUCCGGGAAACGGUCGUCGCCAUCAUUUGUACGAACGCUCCGUCGAUCAAGCCGCUGUUCCCCAGUCGCAAAACGGGCUCCGCGAACACCAGCACCCCUUCCGGACUGGUAACAUUUGGCGGAAGCGGUGGCACGCACAAGAUGUCGCGCAUCAAGGGAAGCCACCAGAAGCUGGACGACACCUCUGUUGGGAGCCAGGAGCACAUCGUCAACCCGAAGGGCACCAGGAACCAGACGACCGCUUUCGUCGACGACCACAGCUCCGACGACGGCGCGAACUACAACAGGGGGAUCCAGGUCACCAACGAAUACACGGUCGAGGUUGGUAGGCAGUAG